UCCAUAGGGGUGAAUACAGCCUAACUUAAUCACAGGAGAGCCAAGUCCCCUCUACAGACAGAACCUCCCCUCUGCGUCUUCGUCUUCGUCUUCUACCUCUGCGCCUCCAAACUCCCUCAUCCGCAUCUUCAACAGCUUCCUUCUCCAUUUUCUUCAUCUGUUUCAAACAACAUACACGGUUCUCUUCUUUUUCUCUUCACCCUAAUUUUCAUUUCACAGAAACUGAACACAAAUCUUUCAAUUGCUCUUAUUUCGUUUGCGCAUUUUUUCAAACACAUGGUGGGUCUUUCCCAUCACACCAAACAAUGCUCUCACUCUUGUUCAACCUCAAAAACCACAUCCAAACUCAAAAAUUCCCCAACAAAACAACCUCGUACCUACUUUCCUCCACACUCAACCACUUCACAACUCAAUCCAAAUCACACUCACAUGUUCCAACACUUCAAAACAACAACAACAACAACAACAUAGACAAAAUCGCAAGAAUCAUCAAUGAUCACCCAUUCCCUGAAAAACCACUUCACCCAACCCUCCUCAUUCACUUCCCUCAAUCAACAACAAUCCCCACUUCAUUCGUCGAAAAUGUUCUUGCUCGAUUAUUCGCCUCUCAUUCCAAUGGCCUCAAGGCAUUGGAGUUUUUCAAUUUCACCAUCAACAAUCCUCACUCCAGCCCGUCGCCUUCUUCGCUUGAAAUCACACUCCACAUCCUUACACGAAUGCGUUACUUCGAUAAAGCUUGGAGCUUGUUGCAACGAAUUGCGAAAACACACCCGCAUUUGCUUACUCAUAAAUCAAUGAGCAUUAUGCUAUCCAAAAUUGCGAAAUUUCAAUCUUUUGAGGAGACCCUUGAUGGGUUUAGGAGAAUGGAAGAGAAUGUGUUUGUUGGUAGAGAAUUUGGGACUGAUGAGUUCAAUGUGCUUCUUAAAGCUUUUUGCACACAGAGGCAGAUGAAGGAGGCUAGGUCGGUUUUUGUGAAGUUUGUGCAUAGGUUUAAGGCGAGUACUAAGAGUAUGAAUAUUUUGUUGUUGGGUUUUAAAGAAUCGGGCGAUGUUACUUCUGUUGAGUUGUUUUAUCAUGAAAUGGUGAAGCGUGGGUUUAGUCCGGAUAGUGUGACUUAUAAUAUUAGGAUUGAUGCUUAUUGUAAGAAAGGUCGAUUUGGCGAUGGGUUGAGGCUUUUGGAGGAGAUGGAGAGUAAGGAGUUUGUUCCUUCGGUUGAAACGAUAACUACGUUGAUUCAUGGGGCGGGGUUGGUUCAAAACACGGGCAAGGCGUGGCAGUUGUUUAAUGAGAUUCCUUUGAGAAACUUGGUGGUUGAUUCAUGUGCUUAUAAUGCUUUAAUUACAACGUUGGUUAGAAAUAGAGAUACCGUGUCUGCACUUUCGUUGAUGGAUGAGAUGAUUGAAAAAGAAAUUGAGCCGGAUGGUGUAACUUAUCAUACAAUGUUUAUAGGAUUAAUGAGGUCGAGAGGGAUUGAAGGUGUGUCUGAGCUUUAUUUGAAGAUGACACAGAGGAAUUUCGUUCCGAAAACAAGGACGGUUGUGAUGCUGAUGAAAUAUUUUUGUCAAAAUCGUCAGCUCGAUUUGAGUUUAAGUUUAUGGAAUUACCUUGUGGAGAAAGGGCAUUGUCCUCAUGCUCAUGCUUUAGAUCUUUUGGUAACUGCGUUAUGCUCAAGGGGUUUGGUUCAAGAGGCUUUUUUAUGCUCCAAGCAAACAUUGGAGAGAGGAAGAUAUAUGAGUUCUACAGCGUUUCUAAUGUUGGAGAGGUUUUUGAAGCAAUCGCGCGAAAUGGACAAAUUAAAGGAGCUUGACCAGAUGAUUAAGAAAUUGCAAAGCGUCUUGCCACCAUCUAGAGGACAUGCCACUGGUAUUUCUAACGGUAUUUCUAACUCCAAGGUUAUAAUGUAGCAUCUAUUUCUAACUCCAAGGUUAUAAUGUAGCAUCCUUUUCAUUUCAAAUACAAAUUAUGUUGCCACCAGCUUUUGGUGAAUUUUUUCCGGUAUAGUAAUAUGUGUAAUUCUUUAACUUAUGAUUGAAUGAAUAGGUACUUCAUUAUAGCCUCAAGUGACAACGCUAACGCAGUUUCAUUUUUUUCUAGCCAUCUAAAUAUUUUUGUUUAUUUGGUUUGGGCUAGUGAUUUAUUGUUAAAUCUAUUCCAUUCAUGAUCAUUUAGGGCCUAUUUAGAUUA